UAUCCGGUAACCCAGAGACAUUUUGCUAUUUGCUAUCCGGAUAUUAUUUUGAAGGUUAACCGGAUAAUAAAGUAGCAUAAAUAUUGCAUAUGCUCAUUACUGAUUUUGAUAUGUUUUGUUAAGUAGCGGCUGACAUCCCCCAGAGCAAAUAAUAACAACUUGUAUUCACACUCUUUUGUCUAUAUUUAGUCAUCCAUAAAAUGCCGGAGAGAACUACUACUAUCAAAUCACAAAAUACGCAAAAUAAAUGUGAUUUUUAUGUAAUAAAAGAGCGCACUCGCUUUAUAAAGUUAGGUUGAAAGUAUAAGCAGGGCGAGAAAAUGAGGCAAAGGUGGAUGGACGUGUCUUGGCAGCUUAGUGAAUGGCCCCAGUCCUAUCCUACAUUUCUGCAUUUAGAAUUUUCUUUGGUCUGGCGAGGAUUCCGCUCCUCUGAAACCCUACCGGUAUUCUGUGGCCUAACGGUACAUACAGACAUAGUUUUUAUUUUCAUAAAAGGGGUAAUUGAGUUUAUGGCAUGUGGUAAUUCGAUUUAUAAUAGGUAAGUUACCGGUAACGAUAUUGAAAAGUUUGGGAACCACUGAACCAACUUAGAGCCUAUACCUUUGAUACUUUCCUCCACCAUCAAGUCCAUGUAUCUGGAACAAAUACCGGUAACUAGCUAACUAACCCCGCCAUACGGUACUGUACUCAACAUAAACUGGUAACCUGACGAGAGGCCGUAGUUCGCCCUAUGUUUAAGCUGUCUUAUCAGCUUUCCUCUUCACCGGAAUAAAUAUGUAAAUCUUAUCUUACUGUAAGGUUCCAUCGUCUUUGUACCCUUGUGCAUUGGCAUUCCUGCACUGCACCCAUUGACAUCCACACUCGACUCGCGGAUGUUUUGGCCAUGCUGCCAUGCAAAUAUGCACCACCAACAAUUGAUUUGAACCACAUCAAUUUGCACCCGCCGAGAGUUUUCCAGUUCUCAGAUUCUGAUCUACAUAUAGAACCUCCUGAUUUCGGCAGACAGUUUAGGGGUUAUAUAAUUACUUAGUGAUAUAUCCUACCAGUGCCAGUUUAAGACUAGAAUAAAAAUGGAUAAGUUUGACUGUGUAGUCAUCGAAUUAAAAGUAUGGGAUAUCCGAUUUCCCACUUCAAUGGGACAUCAUGGAUCAGAUGCUAUGCAUGGGGAAGUGGACUAUUCUGCUGCAUAUGUUACUUUGAAGACUGAUUCAUCAGAUGGCAUUAUUGGGCAUGGCCUAACUUUUACACUUGGAAAAGGAACUGACAUUGUUGUGAAGGCAAUUGAAGUCAUAAGACCCAGAAUCCUUGGCAGAAAUAUAAAAGAUGUAUUUCAGGGUUUUGGAAAAUUUUGGCAAGAAAUCGUUCGUGAUGGACAGCUUAGAUGGCUCGGACCGGAGAAAGGUGUUGUUCACAUUGCAGCUUCAGCAGUUUUCAAUGCAUUAUGGGAUCUGUGGGCAAAGAAAGAAAAUAAGCCAGUCUGGAAACUUCUCGCUGACAUGUCCCCAGAACAGAUCCUAUCAUUGGUAGAUUUCAGUUACAUAACUGAUGCUAUUUCUAAAGAAGAAGCAUUGGAAAUAUUGAAGAAAAACGAAGCAACCAAGCAAGAAAGAGAAAAGAUUCUGCUAGAGAAAGGCUAUCCAGCUUACACAACUUCAGUUGCUUGGCUCGGGUAUUCUGAUGAAUAUCUAACAAAGCUUUGUAAAGAGGCAUUGGAAGAGGGUUGGACCAAAUUUAAAGUCAAAGUUGGUGCUAGUUUGGAAGAUGAUAUACGACGAUGCCGCAUCAUUCGAGAAAAAAUUGGACCAGAUAUGGAAAUGAUGGUUGAUGCCAACCAGAGAUGGGAUGUCAAAGAUGCAAUUGAAUGGAUGAAAAACUUGACUCAGUUUAAACUUAAGUGGAUUGAAGAACCAACAAGUCCUGAUGAUGUUCAAGGACACAGAGUUAUUGCAGAGGCGAUGGAACCAUACGGCAUAGGUGUAGCAACCGGGGAAUGCUGUCAAAAUCGUGUCAUGUUUAAACAAUUCAUCAGAGAUGGAAAGAUUAAAUAUUGUCAGAUUGAUAGUUGUAGACUUGGAUCUAUAAAUGAAAACAUUGCUGUAUUGCUAAUGGCUAAAAAAUAUGGAGUUUCAGUUUGUCCACAUGCAGGAGGUGUUGGUUUGUGUGAAUUAGUUCAACAUAUAAUUAUGUUUGACUAUCUUUGUGUUUCUGGCACAACAGAGGACAGGGUAUGUGAAUAUGUUGAUCAUCUUCAUGAACAUUUUGUUGAUCCUGUUGUAAUAAAGAAUGCUGCGUAUACUGCACCCAAGGACCCAGGAUUCAGCUCUGAAAUGAAAACAGAAUCAAUCUCAGAUUAUGAAUAUCCAACUGGUGCAGUUUGGCAAAAGCUUUUAAAAGAAGGAAAAUUUACAUUGUGAGCAAUUAAUUGCCCAUGAAUAAAUCGUAAUUACAUAGUAUAUAUUAAUCAUAAAAUGCCUUAAUAUUGUACAUGUGAUUUCUGUUUUACUACAAUUAAAUCAUUUAAUAACUGUAACCAACUGUCUGUGCAACUUUAAUGCAUAUAACCAAUUGAUUAUCCAUGCUAUAUUUACAUUAUUAUGUACAACUGUAAGCCACGAUAUAUUACAACUACAUUAUGCCAAAGUUACCAUUAGUUCAGUUCAGACUUUUUUGCUAGAAUUUUUAUGGCAGUUCAAAAAAUAGCAUUUUUUUACUGUUUAUAAUCUUUAUGUGUAUACAACCUAUGGGGAAGGUGCUCUAUAAUUUAUGCAACAUUAUGUUACUAUUACAUUAACUAUUUUGCUUUCACAGAGUCAUUGUAAGUGUUGUUUUCAUAACUUUUUCCACCAUUUCACUGGGAAGUUGAUCACUACUAUUGCUUUACUGUGAAACAGUAGGAUUGAUGUGAUCACUUCUGUGGAAUUGUAUACAUGUUAUUUAUGACUAUCAUAAACAACAAUUUGGAGAAAGCAAGCCUACAUUUAUAAGUUUCUAGUCCACUUCAUGGUUUGAACUCUGAAUCCCAAGAACUCCGCAGCCCUGGUUGUGAUUUAGUGUUACUAUUUUCUCAAUUCAACUUUUACUUACUAAUAUAUGUGCAA